UACAAUUGACGCUUUUGUCGCCCUAGUUCUGCUACGCAACCUCCGUUCUCCAUCCUCCAAGGAGCAGGAAUUCGUCAUCUCUGCCCGUCAGAGCGGAGCUACUGGUCGGCGUCGUCUCUCCCCCUCUACGUCCUCAUACCUCACCAUCUCCAAACGAACGCCGACGUCCAUCGCAAGCCCUGCAAUCUUUCGUUUUUUUUUGAGGCUUUUGUAGUCGAUUUCUUUCUACUCAACUCACGAUAGUUCAGCUUCAAAAAAGAUACAAUGGCAGGUUUUUCACGCAGAUUGGCUGCUUGCUUGCACACAGGGCAGCUUGCUCUUUUGGCAAUUCUGGUAUCUGGUGGAAUCGUGUUGCAAAUUUUGGCGUGUGCUUUGUACAACAACUGGUGGCCUAUGCUGACAGCCUUGAUGUAUAUAAUGCUUCCCAUGCCAUUACUGUUCUUCAUGGGAUCCAACAGCAGCUCGCUCAUGUCCAGCGAGGGAGAUGGCUGGGCAAACCUCACCAAGUUCUUGACGGGGUUUUCGGUGAUCGGAAGCAUCGCUAUACCGUCAAUAUUGAAACAUGCCAAUCUCAUCGGAUGGGGAGCUCUAGUGAUGGAGCUAUCUUCAUUUGCAAUAUUUGGCAUCGCAAUCGUGUGGUUAUUGGUGAUGAACAACCAAGAUGAGUACAAUUUUUUCUAACAUUAGGUAAAAACAAAGACAAAGAGGCAUAGAUCCUGUGCAGAUGUGUAUUUGUUUAUCUGGCAACUCUGGUGUCAUUCAGACGUGGAUUUGUGUACUGUGAUCUGUGCAGUUGCCCGAGUUUGAUGGUGUAAAUGGAGAACAAGUUGUGUUUCUGUGAUUUUAUUUUUCUUUGUAAUUUAACAAUUUUAAUUUCCACCUACAUUAUCAGUCCUGAGAUGGUAUUAAUUGAAACUAAACAAGCAAAUUCUCAA